AGUAAGGAUCGUCGAGCAACACACUGUGUGACCGAAAUCGAUAUAAUUUUGAGAGUAUUUUUAGUAACAUAUAUGAUUCACAGGACUUUCUCAAGGAUUUUUGUUAUGAAAGAAUAUCGGUAUUAUGUGUGUAAACUAACGUGUGGCAUGAUUUAUCUUACAUUAGUAUAUGUUUAGUGAAUGAUUCAUACAGUCGAUCGUGGAAAUAUAAAUUCUUGAACUGUUCACACAACCAAUGCAACUGAAAGUAAAAAAAAAAACCCAUAGACAUGAUAAUUACAAAUGAUAAGUCACAGAGAAUAACAGUAAAACUACGUAUAUAGGUAAUCUCGUAUAACUGACACAAUUAUGAUUUCAAGAAAUAAGCAUUAAGUUUUUUCCAUAACUUUUUCUUCAAACUGAAGAGAGCAAUCAACUUAAAAACGCUAUCGAGGAAGCACCAACACGAAACACGACCUGGAAUAAAAUUGAAGACAUCAUGGACGAUAACCCUUUACUUGAAGAUAUCUCUGGAGAUAGUUAUCGAAGGGAAGGAACUGGUAAAAGUGAAAGUCUUUUGAAAGAUGCUACUGAAGAUGACAACAAAGAAAAAGACACUUACAGCAAACAGCAAGCGGUUAUAAAUCGGAAAGACUUUGAUGAGGAAAAUUUAGAAACUGUAAAUGUCGAAGCACAGUUUGAACUUUUGGGUCAAAACGAUACUGACACUGUAAAUCAGUCAGAAGUCAAAGUGUUUUUCUAUAGCAUAAACGAUAAAUCUGAUUCUGUAAUAUCUAAGGAAAACGAAAAUCUACAACGAAGAACUGGAGACAUAUGUGAUGCUACUAUUAUUGAAACUCUGUCAAAUGGCCAUGAUGUUGAUCAUAAAAACAAAAAAUAUAAAAAAUAUAAAAUGAAUAAGAAUAUUAAAGCAGACAAAUCUCCAGGCAAUUCAAAUUUUUUAGAUCCAACAACAGCCAUUUCAACGUUAGAAGAUUCUCAGAUGAUGCAAAGACCCCCAUCACACAUAACUGUUGCUAAUUGGACAAAGGGAAACACACCUGCGACAAACGUGAAACCAUUGAUUUUAGACAAAAUAAGUGAAAAGGCGGACGAUUUAGGCAUUGCUGAUAUUACUGAAAAGAACUCUCCAUUUAACAUAAAUAUUGAAUCGACUUCAGAAUCAGUACUCGAAAACAAUUAUGUACUCGAAACAAAAAAUGGUGAUGGGAUAGAACCAAAUACAGACCGAUUGUCUUUGGGCAUGCCCGAUGAUGAUACGGAUUCGAAAGAUUUACAAACAUCUUUACAAUCGCUAAAACAUGAUGGGAGUGAGGAUGUUAGAAGUUGUAUGGAUUGCAUUAAACCAGUACAAGUUAAAACCUGGAAGGAAAUCAACCAAGGCGACCAUGUCAUUCUUUCAAGGAGUUUUUAUGACCAUCAUGCAAUUGUAAUUAGAGUAAUUCCACCAGAGGAUGAUAACAGUCAGACGAUUAGUUUAGAACUGAUUCAUCAGACAAACAAAGGUGCCAUUAGGGAUAGUAUUCGUCGUAGAAGACCCAUUGUCGAAUUAAAACGUAAAACUGAAACAGUCGAUUUGAAAAUGGUAAUGAUUUGUAAAUAUUGGGGAAGUAUAAAACCGAAAAGUCCAGAAGAAAUAGUUAAAAGGGCAUCUGAGGCUUUAAAUAGUGAUCAAGAAGAAUUUCGGUACGGCGUUAUUGAUAAUAAUUGCGAACAUUUUGCUUCUUGGUGUGUGACUGGAAGAAGGCUCAGUAUUCAAAUUAGAAAAGCUAGAAUUGUUCUCAAAAUAUUUUUCCGAAAAAGAUUCCAUGGUCUUAGUGACGAACUAUUGAGAAACAAGGUCGAAUACGAACAUGGUAUGCUGUGCAAAACGUGCUUCGAGAGAAAUGAGAAAAUGCUUAGUGUAACAAGGAAGAAAGUUCGACAAAAGGACGACAUACAAAAAGGUGACAUAAUUUUGUAUAGGUAUUACAAACUCCUGCACUGUUCAGUGGUUCUUGAUGUCAUCAAACGUAAAGAAAAAUAUAUUAAGUGCGAGAUUGCCCACUAUGCAUUCAAGGGACCGUUCACAAAGAACAUUAUACAAAGUGGUAUUUUGAAAGUUCCGUUUGAUGGAUCCGUUUCAGUAUUUGAUUAUUCGAGUGAUGAGUUUAAAACUUAUGAGCCAGAUGAAGUAGUUUGUCGAGCCAAGGAAAGAAUAGGAGAACAAAUGUUUGCUUAUUUCUCUAAUGACUCUAGCCAUUUCGCCCGCUGGUGUAAAUUGAAAUUGUUAAACCAAUGAAAUGUAAAAACUUAAAUCAUCUUUAAUUUUAUACAUACAUAUAACUUAAAAGAUAGAUGUAUCGUCGGCUGGUUGACAUACAUUGUUUGAAAGACCACGAUUCGGACAGGAUGUGAUAAAGCCCUUGUUUGGAAUAAUUUUUAACUAAAAUUUAAAAUUUUGAUUUAUGAUUUCAAUAUACUACUAUGUCUGUUUUAAAGUUGAGAUGUGGCAGCAUUAAAAACAGAAAAUAUAGUCCCCAAGACGUCCCAACAGUUGUAUUUAUGAUUGAUUGAUUUUUGAUUAACGUCCAGUGCAAUUAUUUCAUGUUUAGGACUAGAACAAAUAAACAAUUAAGAUAUCGGCUUUAACGUUUUCAUUUUGAACGGACAUGGCUGUGUAUUUAUACAACCUGCACAGCCAAACGGACGCCCACUUGAGCAAGGGUUUUGCUGCCGUUCAGAAGAAUACCAAAGAGAUAAUAUUUCUAUUCUACAGUCACCCUUGUGAAUGUAUUUAUAAAGUUACUAGUUUAAUAUACAAAUUCAUUAAAACUUUUAUAGAACUGUGUUUAAAUCUUCAAAGCAAGAUUAUUGUUUUCUUCACAAAAGAACUUUUUAAUAACUAAACCAGAGCACUUACAUGUUAAAUUAUAUGUUUUACGACCUAGGGUUAGGGAUUUUCUCUACUUUUUUUAACAUGAGCCUCAAUUUGUUAAAUAAUUCUGAUAUUUAAGUGAAGAUGGAAUAUUAAGCCUAUUUUUAGGAGAGAACAUACUAUUGUUAAACCACUGUUCUAGGUUAGGGGAAGGUUGGCGCCUUUAAACAUGGUUAACACUGCUAAAUUCUAAUGUGGAUGUCCCAAGUCAGGAGCCUGAAAUUUAGUGGUUGUCGUUUGUUGCUGUAUAUCAUAUUUGUUUUUCGUUCAUUAUUUUGUACAUAAAUAAGGCCAUUAGUUUUCUCGUUUGAAUUGUUUUACAUUUGUCACUUCCGGGCCUUUUAUGAAUGGCUAUGCGGUAUGGUUUUGCUUAUUGUUGAAGGUUGUACGAUGACCUAUGGUUGUUAACUUUUAUGUCAUUUGGUCUCUGGUGGACAGUUGUCUCAUUGGCAAUCAUACCAUGUCUUUUUAUUUUUAAAUUGUUUUAAUUAAAGAGGUAUUUUUGUAUCUA